AUGGGCGGGCUCUCCCCUCCGCUGCCCCACAACUCGUGGCGGGGCCACUGCGGGGAGCAGACUCCGGCCUCCUCUUCCUGGGGACAGCCUGACCAGGGCGAGGACGACCCCUCCCCUCCCGCAGCCUGGCUGUCGGAAAGAGAGCCCUUCGGCACCCUUCGCUCGUGGGUCACGGCACGAGGGGAGGAGUGCCCAGCCCGGCGGGAAUACCUGGCCCCAGUUCCCCCGCACGCCGGCGCUGCUGCUGCUGCCGCCGCCUCCGGCGAAAAGCCCUCCUGCAGUCUCCCCCGCCGGUUGGGGUCGGGCCCGGCCGCCUCCUUCCCUCCGUACCUGCGGCCCGCCGCCGAGAGGGAUGAGCGCCGCCAUCUUCCUCCUCCUCCUCCUCUCGCUCUGCCGGGAAGGGACCACAGCGCCCCUAGCGGCGGCGCGGACAGGCGCCGCGGAGGGAGGGGCGCUCACGGGCCCCCUUUCCUGCCGUUGGGAGCGGCUCCCCGCCUCGCGUUUCCUGCCCCGGGAGGGAAACGGGAAGAGCGCUGCGCGCGCACUCACACCUGCCCACCCGCGGAGGGAGGGGAAGGCGCGACGGACCGCCCAGCAGCUCCCCCCCCUCCCACCCGCGCCCGCCCAGGCAAGAAGAGGCGCCAGGCCCUGCUGCUGCGCGAACCGAGUUUUAUUCAACUUCUCCGGAGCGCCUCCUUCGCCACCUAG